CGAAGUUGAAUAGUUGGUUCUCCAAUUAAUUUCAAUGGAGCAUAGAAGGAUCAUAGACCUGAUGAAGUGAACAACGUUUCUUCAACCAAAACCCUCCAAUUUAUUUCUCGAAACAAUUUCUACUAUGGCGCAUCGAGAAUCGAUGAUGAUUAAACUCCUUCUAGGGUUUAUGCUACUGAGCUGCAUACAUCAUGAAUCCGCAAUUGGUAGGUUUGUAGUUGAAAAAAACAGCUUAACAGUUACUUCUCCUGAAUCCAUCAAAGGAAAUCACGACAGUGCCAUUGGCAACUUCGGAAUUCCUCAGUACGGCGGUAGUAUGGCCGGAACAGUCGAUUACCCGAAAGAAAACAAAAAAGGUUGUCGAAAGUUCGACGAAUUCGGGAUUUCUUUCAAAGCAAAUCCCGGCGCAUUGCCUAAAUUUGUUCUUCUCGAUCGUGGAGAUUGUUUUUUUGCUUUGAAAGUAUGGAACGCCCAAAACGCUGGUGCAUCAGCUGUUCUUGUUGCAGACGACAUUGACGAACCACUAAUCACCAUGGAUAGACCUGAAGAAGAUGGUUCCUCUUCAAAAUACAUAGAAAACAUAACAAUCCCAUCAGCAUUAAUCUCCAAUAACUUCGGUGAAACCCUGAAAAAAGCAAUCAGUAACGGCGACAUGGUAAACCUAAAUCUUGAUUGGAGAGAAUCCGUUCCACAUCCAGAUGAUCGAGUCGAAUAUGAACUAUGGACAAAUAGCAACGAUGAAUGUGGAGUUAAAUGCGACAUGUUAAUGGAGUUUGUGAAGAGUUUCAAAGGGGCAGCACAAAUUCUUGAGAAGGGUGGAUAUUCCCUUUUUACCCCUCAUUAUAUAACAUGGUAUUGUCCUCAAGCGUUUACCAUUAGUAAACAGUGUAAAUCACAGUGUAUCAAUCAUGGAAGGUAUUGUGCACCUGAUCCUGAACAGGAUUUUAGCACAGGGUAUGAAGGAAAAGAUGUGGUUAUUGAAAAUUUGAGACAAUUGUGUGUGUUUAAAGUGGCAAAUGAGAGUAGAAAAGCAUGGAUUUGGUGGGAUUAUGUUACAGAUUUUCAAAUAAGGUGUCCCAUGAAAGAGAAGAAGUAUAAUAAAGAGUGUGCUGAUGAGGUCAUCAAAUCCCUAGGACUUGAUUUGGGAAAGAUUGAGAAAUGUAUGGGAGACCCUAAUGCGGAUUCUGAUAAUAUUGUCCUUAAAGAAGAACAAGAUGCUCAAAUUGGGAAGGGGUCAAGAGGUGAUGUGACCAUAUUGCCCACACUUGUGGUUAAUAAUAGACAAUACCGAGGAAAGUUAGAAAAAGGUGCUGUUUUGAAGGCCAUUUGCUCUGGUUUUGAAGAAACAACCGAGCCUGCUGUUUGUCUUAGUGAUGGUGUGGAAACAAACGAGUGCUUGGAGAAUAAUGGUGGUUGCUGGCAUGAUAAAUCCGCCAAUGUCACUGCAUGCAAGGAUACAUUUCGUGGGAGAGUUUGUGAGUGUCCUUUGGUUGAUGGAGUACAAUUCAAAGGAGAUGGGUAUACCUCAUGUGUAGCAAGUGGGCCAGGGCAUUGUAAGAUCAAUAAUGGAGGAUGUUGGCAUGAAAGCCGAAAUGGUGAUUCAUUCUCAGCUUGUCUGGAUAAUGAAAACGGGAAAUGUGCAUGUCCUUCUGGGUUUAAAGGCGAUGGUGUGAAAAGUUGUGAAGAUGUUGAUGAAUGUAAAGAGAAGAAAGCAUGUCAAUGUCCAGAAUGCAGUUGCAAGAAUACAUGGGGAAGCUAUGAGUGUAGUUGCAGUGGUGAUUUUCUUUAUUAUAAAGACCAUGAUACCUGCAUAAGUAAGACAGCUGGCAAAGGUAAAUCUUCAUGGGCUGCCAUGUGGAUUAUUUUCUUGAGCUUAGCAAUGGCUGCAGGUGGAGCAUAUCUCGUAUACAAGUAUAGAUGGAGGUCAUACAUGGAUUCAGAGAUCAGAGCUAUCAUGGCACAAUACAUGCCUCUUGACAACCAAAGUGGAGUGGUGAAUCAUGUAAACGAGAAUCAUGCGUGAAAAGACAUAAUUAUCCCUUGAAGAGUUUACACACAUCUUUAUAUAGACUAGUGUAGAACUGUAGAAAACUUGGUCUGUGUCCAAUUUGAAUUAGAUUUAGACACUUAGGGCUAUUUUCAAUGAUAAGGAUGACAAGGGCAUUCAUGUCUUUUGCACA